AUGGCAAUGAGCAAUGGUACAUACGGCGAAGAUCAUGACCGCACAAACAGAGGAUCCGUCGAAGCAGAGGAAAAGCACAAGAAGGAACUGAAAGUGCUGAACGACAAACUUGACAAACUGCUUAUAGUCCAGCAAAAACAGUCGCCAGGGUUACUACAAGAACAACCCCAAUAUGUCCUAUCGACGAAUGUAGAGAACCCCCAGGACCAAGUCUAUCCUCCUCAAGCCAACACGUCUGGUCAAGGAAAGAUGUACCCAACUAAACCACGUGAUGGGUACAACAAAAAUUACCAAGGAGGCUAUCAGAAAAACACCUCUGUUCCACCUGGAUUCGAAGCCAAGCAAGGUCCACAGGAACCUGGAGUCAAGCAGAUGCUUCAGCAACUACUUCAGGGACAGUCUACCGGAAACGUGGAUCUCAACAAGCGACUCUCUGAGAUUAAUGGGAGAAUUGACUUCUCGCACCACGACCUUCAGACUAAGAUUGAAGCUCUCACAAGUAGAAUCCAUCAGCUUGAACACAAAGGCGGAACAGCUUCCUCAUCCAGAACGCAAGGUCAACUUCCGGGUAAAGCAGAGCAGAAUCCCAAGGAAUACGUACAAGCAAUUACAUUGAGAAGUGGACGCGCUUUACCUCCAAGAACAGGACCCGCACCAGUCAAUGAGGACAUUGAGGAACAAGAGGAGGAGAUUUCAGUUGAAACUGAAGCCACGGCACCUGUGAUUGAAGAGGAACUACCAGUUCAAGAGAAAGAGAAAGCACCAGAGGAAGUGCAAAAGAAGAAGAAAGCCCCAGCUUUCGUUCCUCCUCCUUACAAACCGCAACUUCCCUUUCCUGUUCGAUUCAAGAAACAACAGCUUGAGAAAGCUAGAGCCCUGUUCGAUAAGCAAAUAAAGGAGAUUGAUAUUACAAUGCCCUUCUUGGACGCAUGUAUGCUUAUCCCUCCCUAUCAGAAAUUCCUCAAGGACGCUGUAACCGAGAGGAGAAAAGAGGUUCAGGGCAUGGUCGUUCUUUCUCAGGAAUGUAGUGCAAUCAUCACUAGGAAAGUGGUUGGGAAGAAGUUUGAAGAUCCGGGCAGUUUCACUCUUCCUUGUUCUAUUGGUCCUCUGGCAUUCAACCGAAGCUUGUGUGAUCUUGGAGCAGGCGUAUCUGUAAUGCCACUCACGGUAGCUAAAAGGCUUGGGUUCGAGAAGUAUCAAAAGUGCGACGUUUCCUUGGUACUUGCGGAUAGAUCAGUACGCAUCCCAGUGGGUAUGCUCGAGGACUUGCCUGUGCGAGUAGGAAACGUGGAGAUACCCACUGACUUUGUUAUCCUUGAGAUGGACGAAGAACCCAAGGAUCCGCUGAUCUUGGGAAGGCCCUUUUUGGCAACCGCUGGAGCUAUCAUCGAUGUUCAGAGAGGGAAGAUUGAGCUAAACUUUGGAGAUGACUUCAAGCUCAGCUUCGACAUCAAGAGGUCGAUGAAGAAACCAACCAUUGAUGGACAGCUCUUCUGGGUAGAGACUUUGGAUCAGUUGGCAGACGAGUAUCUAGAGGAGUUAGCCACAGAGGACCAGCUUCAGCUAACCUUGACUGAGAAAGCGGAGGAAAAGAGCUACUUCAACACCGAAUCCUUGGAGUAUGCUCGACUCUUAGACUCCCACAGAGGGACUGUUCCCAAUGACGUGGUUGAGGAAAUCAUAGGACGCUCCGUGAGAGUUGAGGAAAUCCACAAGGUAGAGGCAGAGCACGACCUCGAGCAACCUUCAGACGAUGACUGGAGCGAGCUCAAAGCCCCAAAGGUGGACCUCAAGACCUUACCAGAUGGGCUAAGGUACGCAUUUCUUGGACCAAAUUCAACUUAUCCCGUAAUUGUGAACCAAGAACUUACCCCACCCCAAUUAACCUCCCUCCUUAAUGAGUUGAGGAAGUUCAGGAGAGCAAUUGGUUACUCUUUAGAGGACAUCAAAGGCAUAUCUCCUGAGCUUUGUACUCAUCGCAUUCACCUUGAUAACGAAUCUAAGGGAUCUAUUGAACACCAAAGACGCUUAAAUCCCAACCUCAAAGAGGUGGUGAAAAAGGAAAUCCUUAAGUUGCUUGACGCCGGCGUGAUCUACCCUAUCUCGGAUAGUACUUGGGUCUCGCCGGUACACUGUGUGCCCAAGAAAGGUGGAAUCACAGUAGUCAAGAACGAAAAAGACGAAAUGAUCCCAACCAGAACCAUAACCGGUCACCGAAUGUGCAUAGAUUACCGAAAGCUCAAUGCGGCGACUAGGAAGGAUCAUUUUCCACUGCCUUUCAUCGAUCAGAUGCUUGAGCGGUUGGCAAACCAUCCUUUCUAUUGCUUCCUUGAUGGCUAUUCGGGAUUCUUUCAAAUCCCCAUCCACCCUAAUGACCAAGAGAAAACGACCUUCACAUGUCCCUAUGGAACUUUUGCCUAUAAACGUAUGCCCUUUGGAUUGUGUAACGCUCCGGCGACUUUCCAAAGGGUUCUCAAGCGCUGCGAGGAGACGAACCUAGUGCUCAAUUGGGAGAAGUGUCACUUUAUGGUCAGGGAAGGGAUCGUCUUGGGACACAAGAUAUCAGAAAAGGGGAUAGAGGUUGAUCAAGCAAAGAUUGAAGUGAUGAGUCAGCUUGCUCCACCAAAGACAGUCAAGGACGUGAGAAGUUUCCUUGGGCACGCUGGUUUCUAUCGGAGAUUUAUCAAGGACUUCUCCAAAAUAGCUCGUCCUUUGACACGCCUCUUGUGCAAGGAGACUGAGUUCCUGUUUGACGAGGAGUGCCUUAAGGCAUUUGAGAUGAUCAAGACUGCCUUGGUCACGGCCCCGAUUGUGCAAGCACCAAACUGGGACUACCCUUUCGAGAUCAUGUGUGACGCUAGUGACUACGCCGUGGGAGCUGUGCUUGGCCAGAGGAUAGACAAAAAGCUCCACGUGAUAUAUUACGCAAGCAGAACCAUGGACGAUGCCCAAGGACGAUACGCAACAACUGAGAAAGAGCUCUUGGCAGUAGUCUUUGCGUUCGAGAAGUUCAGAAGUUAUCUCGUGGGUUCAAAGGUGAUAGUCUACACUGAUCAUGCGGCCUUAAGACAUCUGUUGGCAAAGAAGGACACCAAGCCAAGGCUCCUGAGAUGGAUACUUCUUCUCCAGGAAUUCGAUCUCGAGAUUUUGGAUAAGAAAGGGGUUGAGAACGGAGUUGCGGAUCAUCUCUCAAGGAUGAGAGUAAAUGAACCGCACCUAUCGACGAUACUCUGCCUGAGGAACAGCUACUCUUGGUGGAAAGUCUGGGAAAAGCGUAGGUUUGGCAGUUCGGAGGUGCAUAGCUCAGGAGGAAGUAGAGGAAUACUCGAGCAUUGUCACGGAUCGAGCUACGGAGGUCACUUUGCGACUUUCAAAACAGCUUCCAAAGUUCUUCAAGCCGGAUUCUGGUGGCCAAGCCUUUUCAAAGACACUCACGACUUCAUUGCAAGGUGUGAUAGAUGCCAACGAGAAGGGAGCAUUUCCAAGCGCAAUGAAAUGCCACAAAACCCGAUACUUGAGGUGGAAGUGUUUGAUGUAUGGGGCAUCGACUUCAUGGGCCCUUUCGAGCCACCUUCUCACGGGAAUAGAUACAUCCUUGUGGCGGUUGACUAUGUGUCCAAGUGGGUCGAGGCAAUCGCUUCCCCAACGAACGAUGCCAAGGUUGUGCUCAAGCUAUUCAAAAGCAUCAUCUUCCCGAGAUAUGGAGUGCCAAGGGUUGUAAUAAGCGAUGGAGGAAGCCACUUUAUCAACAAAGUCUUCGAGAACUUGCUGAAGAAGUAUGGAGUCAAGCAUAAGGUAGCGACACCAUACCAUCCUCAGACAAGUGGUCAAGUGGAAGUGUCGAACAAGCAGAUAAAGGGGAUCCUCAGGACGAUUGUGGGAGUCACCAAGAAGGACUGGGCAGUUAAGUUGGACGACGCUCUCUGGGCUUACAGGACCGCCUAUAAGACGCCAAUAGGAAGGACACCUUUCUCGCUCCUUUACGGGAAAUCGUGUCACCUUCCGGUGGAGAUUGAGUACAGAGCACUCUGGGCAAUCAAACUGCUCAACUUCGACAUCAGGUCUGCCCAAGAGAAGAGGGGUUUCGACUUACAUGAGUUGGAAGAGAUCAGGCUGGACGCAUAUGAGAGCUCCAAGAUUUACAAAGAACGGACUAAGGCAUUUCACGACAAGAAAAUUGUGCCUAAGGUCUUCAAGGUUGGAGAAUAUGCGCUGCUUUUCAACUCGAGAGCUAAGUUGUUCCCUGGGAAGCUCAAGUCCAAGUGGUCGGGCCCGUUUGAGAUUAAGGACGUCCUUCCUUAUGGAGCUGUCACUUUGCUUAACAACAAUGGCGAGGAGUUCACGGUGAAUGGCCACAAGCUCAAACCGUAUUUGGGCCAACGCAUUCAAGGAGAAGGAGUCUCAACUCCUCUUCCGGACGCUCCCUUAGCCUAA